AAAAAAACCAAAGUGUUCAAACGUGCGCGAAUUUUUAUCCCUUUGGCUUGUAACAUAACUCUUACUCUAACCCUGAUUCCUGGCGCGUGCCUACAGCCUCGACCAGUCAGCUAACAGAAUACAAGAUGCUAUCCAAUAGCAAAGGCUGGUAUUAGGAUGUGGGCGGAGACUAAAAAUUACAAACCGUUUUUGAGCAUCACAACUUCCACCGAAAUCCGGGAAAAUUGGUUACAGUAGAAGUUACAGAUUUAAGCUUUGAGCGUUCUUAGGAUCAGAACAGUCGACUUAUUUCCUCAAAUUAAUUAUAAACUUAUUUUCUCUCUCGUUCUGUAGCUUUUCUUUCAGGAACAACAAUAAGUAACAAAGCACCUGUUGAUCCAGUUAGCUUUUUUGUUUACAUGUUGUACAAAAGGUUGCUAGGUUAGCUUGUUUGUCACCAGUGGCUAAUUCAGCCGCAAACAGGAAACAGCCAACUUGUGCUGAACUAGUCAAUAGACAACAUCAGCUAAAAUUCGUCGUGUUCGAGUUUUUCUCCUGAUGUUCAAGAAGAGGAUAUGUUAAGGAGUGGGACUGAACCGGAGGUGAGCUAACUGACACCAGCUACAGCUCCACUGUGACGUGAUGUCUGUCUGACCUUCUUCCCGAUGGUGGGGGCUGUGGAGCAGCAGAGGACGUCCUGAGCUUACUGCACCUUCAGGCAGGGUGCCCUCAUGGCUCAGAGUCGCGCUGGUUGUGCUGGCAGUCUGGGGUCACUGACCCCCAGCUCCAAGCCAGGAGAGACGGGGUGUGUGUCCACCAGGAAGAAGGUAGCUUGUGUGCGACAGGAGAACGCCUGUCUGAUCACGCAGGAUGAGGAGAUGCUCAGCGACCCGGAGGCUUUGCUUUACGACCCAGCUGUCUUCAGGUCCCAGGUGCGUCUCCGAGGCUCUAGGAUGGGGGUUCACAGCAGCUCGGCAGCCAUGAGUGAACGGAUUCGUCAGCUGGAAGCAGAGCUGGAGGCUGUGACCAGCGACCUAAAGGCAGCAGAGCUGAGGGCAGCGUGUUGCCAGGAAGCAGCGGCCAACAGUGAUGUCGUCGUGGCAACACUCAGACAAGAACUGGAUGACAGAACCACGUUUGGAAAGAGAGCUGAGCAGCAACGGAACCAAGCUCUUCAAAAUGCAGAGAAGCUCAAAGAAGCUUUCAAAGAUCAUAAAGCUACUGUUUCUGCUCGACUCCAGCAGGUAACAGAGAGUGAAAACAAGCUGAAGCAGAGCCUCGCUGAGUGUGAGCUGCAGCUGCAGACCCUGGAAAGGGAGCGAGCAGAACAGCGCCAGACCAUCAGCCGGCUGCAGGAGGAGGUGCAUCAAGUCAGAGCAACAGCGGCUGACCUCCAAGUCCGAUCUGAUGAAGCUGAGGAGAGGGCCUCCCAGCUGCAGCUGCAGCUGCAGACGCGAGGAGCAGAGUGCAGGGAGCUGGAAGAGCUGCGCAUUUUAACCCGCAACCAGGAGCAGAAGGUGGUCCAGAACCUCAGAGAGGCUCACCAGAGCCAGACGGAGCUGGCCAACCUGGAGGCCAUAGUAGCCUUGCUGCACCUUCGACAGGGUCCUGAGGGCCCUCUGUGCACCAACCCAUGCAUGCUGCCCCCUGUGGAGCACUCUGGAGCUGCACAUCUGCUGCACCUGAAACCAGGCGAAGGCUACCAGCAGCUGCUGCGAGUGCUGCAGCUAAAGGAAGCUGAGAGCAGGAAGCAGAUCAGCCUGAACAAGCAGCUGCAGGAGCGUCUGAGCAGAGUGCAGGAGGAGAUCUUCUCCCUGCAGAACUCCAUGAGCCAGAGAGCCUCUCACUACCAGAACCUCCACACUGAGCUGCUGGGCAAAGUCAGCCAAGCCACCGACACAGAGAAGGAGUUAAAGAGGAAGAGUGCACGAGUAGCUGCUCUGGAGAAACAGCUGCAGGAGAAGUCCUCUGCUUAUAGUCUGGCUGCACUGAAGAACACAGAGCUGGAAGGUCAGCUACAGGAGAAGACCAGCGCGUUUCAGCACUGUCAGUCACUGAUGAGCAGGAAGCAGAGAGAGUACCAGCAGUCUUUGGAAAAGUGUAAACUAGCUCACUGUAACCAGCUGAGUGAAGAACAGCACCGGGCAGAAAGGCUGCAGCGCUGUGCGGAGGAGGCCCGGGCUAAGACGCUGGAGAUGAAGCAGCAGCUGAGUUCUCUACAGAGGGAGAGAGAGGAGGCUCAGAGAGCAGCUCUCCUGCUGCAGGCCUCUCUAGAGCAGCUGUCACAGGAGAAGCAGGCUGAGGUUCAACAACACCAGGAGCUGCUGCAGACCUUCAGAGAGCAGGCAUCUCAGUCUGCUGCCAAGGUAGCUGAACUGCAGUCGUGCCUGUCCGCAUGUAGAGAAGAGCUGAACGCCUACCUACAGCAGAUGGAGGAGGUGAAAAAGAACUACGAGACUGAGCUUCAGAAGAAAACCAACAUGGUGUCCUCCCUGCAGGAGAAGCUUCACAGUGCCAGCCUGGUGUGUCAGAGCUCUGGUGAGCAGAACCUGCAGCUGCAGGUGUGUUUACAGCAGCAGCAGACCAUGCUGACUGAAAGUACAACUCGGGUCUCUGAGCUGGAGGACAGCCAGAGUCUGCUGCAGCAACAGGUGGCCAGUCUGGAGCUGCAGCUGGAACAAGCUCGGGCCUCUCUGCAGGAGGAAGUAAGGAGCAGAGAGCAGGAGGCUCAGAACACCACCAAGAACCUGCAGGAGAUGAAGCAGCAGAACUGCCAGCUGUCCAAGUCCAUCAGCCAUCUGACAUCAGAGCUGCAGCAGAGUCGGACUGAGCAGCUCUCUAAGGAGUCUGAGCUGGAGCACCUGAGGAGUGAACUUGUCAUCAAGGCCUCUCAGAUCAGAGGACUGGAGGAGAACCUGCAGCUCACUAAGACCCAGCUCUUCACCAAGGCUUCCAUUGUGGAGGACGUGGAGGACCAGCUCCAUCGCUGUGAGGCGGAUAGGCUCAGCUGCAAGCAGAGGGUCCAGACCCUGGAGGGACAGCUGCACGCUGUGCAGGUGGAGCUGGCUGACACCCUGGAGCGGCUGCAGGAGCUCAGAGACGUCCUGCAGGAAACCCAAACCGUCUCUGAUGAGCGGCAAGCCCAAGUGGACAAGCUGACUGUCCAGCUCAGCGACGUCCAGAAGGACUUGGAGGACAGGACUCUGGAAUUGUUGGACGUGGACAAUGCCCUGAAGGAGAGACAGGGGGAGCUGCAGCAGAGGGCUAAGCUGCUCAGCCAGCUGGAUGCAGCCAUCAGAGAUCACAAGCAGGAGCUGGAGAGAAAGCUGGAGUCUCUGCAGCAGAGCCUGGAGGUCAGAGAGAAGGAGCUGAGAGAAGCUCAGAGGGAGCUUCUGAGCACCCACAAACAGGAAGAGCAGCACAGCCGGAAACUGCGUGUGACCCAGCAGGAGCUUCAGGAGGUUCUGGGAAAGCUUGGAGAAUCUGAGCUCCACAGUGAGAGUCUGGCUAAAGAGCUGGACGCCACCAGGCUGCAAAUCAGAGAGACGGAGGCCCAGCUGUGCAAUGUGGAGGAGGAGCUGACGCUGAAGGAGGCACAGUGGCUGCAGGAGAAGGCCAAGCUGCAGAGCACCAUCAGCGCCCUGGAGCAGCAGUUAGAGCUGGAGAAGGAUCAGCACAGCAAGGAGCUGGAGUCUCUGCAGCAGACCCGGGGUCAGCUCCUCAAGGUGUCGGAGCAGAUCUCCUCCUCCAUGCGCUGCUCCCAGGAGCAGCUCACCAUAAAGCUCCAGCAGUCCAAGAUCCAGCUGGAGGAAGCAGAGGCGCUCUGCAACCACACCAAAGCCCAACUAGACCAGGCUAGGAUGGAGUUGGAUUACACCCGGAAUCAGGCCAGUCACCUCCAAGCCCAGCUGGAGCAGAGCCACAUUCUGAACGAGCAGACGAGAGCUCAGAACGGUCUUCUGCUUGGCCGGGUCGAGCAGCUGACUGCAGAGUUGAACCAGGCCAGAGCCCAGGAUACCCAGCUCCAAGCUCAGCUCCACGCUUCAGAGGAGGUGGUGGAGACAUCAGCUGAUUCGCUCCUCAUUAAGGAGUCUGAGGUGACCCGCCUCCAGGCCAGGAUCUCCAGUCUGGGACGAGCCACUGAACAACAGAAUCUGUUCAACCACAUGCCCUCACUUCCUGUUCUUAACAAAUUGUCUCCUCCCCCUGAGCUCUCCACCACCUUGUGUCCAUCAUCCUCCCAACCGCUGGCAGCAGCUAACCCUGCAUCUGCAUCCGUCCUUAACCCGUCCGACAGCCUUCUAAACUGUGACUGGCUCCAGAGCAGCAGCACAAACUCCUCUCUGGACUUCCCUCUGGACCUGAAAGCCACACUGAAGGAGGUGUUGAGCAAGCAGUCAUGGGAGUCCUCGGUUUGCUCCUUCCCAGAUACGGUGGACCACAGUUGGCAGGGGCUUAGCGUCACAGGAGCUUCUGACCUGUCCUUCAACCCUCUCACAUACAUGUUGGACCAACAAAACAGCACUGACCUCAGCGUGGAGGCUAAUGCCGAGCAGGAAGGAGACGAACUGCAUGGCGGGUCUAGGAGGGAGUCAACAAGCACUCUGGAGGGUCCGGAGGAGAACGCUGACUUGGUCUCACUUACAGGGAUGCUGAAAUUUGUAAAUCAGACGUUAGCCAUGCAGAAGGACCCGUCCAUAAGGAACUCCACAGGACAGGUCCAGACCUGACACAGCUUCACCCGGGGAUGAUGACAGCAACACAGAGAGCGACACGGACAUCGCCACAGAAAAGGUAUGUGACGAAGCUCUUCUGAGGCUGUUCAACUCCGACACUGAAGAAGAUGACUUCAGUGGUUUCAGAGCGCAGGAGGACGAUGAAUAAACUAAUCAAUAACUUUUCUGUUUUGUCUGAUACUGAUCAGAUCAGUUACGUUCAGUUAAACUACGUUUUCAAUUCAGUAGAUAUCUGUGGCUUUUAGCCCGGUGCGGCUUACAUUGAGGUGCGCUCUAUAGUCCGGAAAUUACGGUAACUAAAUAAUACAGAUUCACAGCUUGAACAAGUAAUAUGUGGUGUGCUGCAAGGCUCGGUCCUCGGAGCCAAAUAAUUCACACUCUACCUAAACGAUAUAUUUUCUGUAUCAUCUCAGUUGAAAUUCAUUAUGUUUGCUGAUGAUACAAAUUUUAUUUGUACUGGAAAAGAUAUGAGUUAAAUACUGCAAGAGGUGGAAAAUGAAUUGGUCACAUUUAAAAAGUGGUUUGACUAAUAAAUUAUCAUUAAAUGAAAAUCAAACUAAAUUUAUGAUUUUUUCAGGAAACAGAUAGUGGUAACGCUAAACUUUAUUUAAAUGGAGUUCGAAUUGACUGACUACAUGAAGCAAAAUGUUUAGGUGUGAUUAUUGAUCGUACACUUAGUUGGAAACCACAUAUUGAAUAUAUCAAACGCCAAGUGUCUAAAUCUCUUGCUAUACUCUAUAAAACGAGGUACUCAACAAGAAAAGCUUCGUUUUUGAUCUAUUGCUCUUUAGUUCUGCCUUAUUUGUCUUACUGUGCAGAGAUUUGGGGAGAUGUGGGAAAAGUUGUAUUGAAUCUCUAUUUAAAUUGCAAAAAAGGCUAUUAGAAUUGUUAAUAAAGUAGGAUACCUCACACCAACUAACUAUUUACUUAAAGUCAAACUAAAAUUUAGAGCUAUUGUCCACGUUAAAACUUUAGAGAUUCUCCAUAGAGUAGCUAAUAAAAAUAUCCCAAGUUGUUUAAAAGUUUAUUUCAAAUGAAGAGAUAGCCAUUAUAAUCUUAGAGGUGUAUUGAUUUUUGAAUGUGCAAAAGCACGAACUAAUGUGAAAUGUUUCUGUUUUUGGCGUGAAAUUAUGGAGAUAUGUACUUCUUUAUCAAAGUUUAAAGCAUAUGGUAGGUGUUAAAUAUUUACUGAUUAUGGAAGUACGUGUAAAUAAUGAAAAUGUUUAUAGGUUAUUUGAUUUAGAUGGAAAAUAGGGUAGGCUAAAAUAAGCAUUGCUUCUGCUUGUUCCUUUUUUGGUUGUAAUUUAUGUUGUUUUGUGUUGCUUAGAUAGAAAACUCUGUUGAUGUUAUAAUCAAAGAAAUAAAUUAAAAAAGAGGUGUGGCCUUAAAGUUGUGUAUUUUUUCCCAAAAUGUAGCUGAUUAGACCAGCUUUCUCAGGAAAAUCGGUCCUACCUUUAAUGGGCGGGGUCUGUUAGACCAAAUAUCUGGUAUUUCCCAUUUGUGUUGGUUUCACGAUGAUCAGGAAGUCUGCAGGAAAUGUGCUUGAAUGCAUGUGUACUCAGUUUUAUACAUGCAGUUAUUUCCUCAGACAUCAGUAUUUUGAUUUUAAUGGGCACCAUCUUUUCAUAGGGAGUACUUAGAAGUUUCAUUAAGUUUGUAUUUAAAGGUGCAUUAUGUAGAAAAGGAGUAAAAUGACCUCCUGUGGUAAAAUGUGGUUACUGCAACCGUUUUAAACAACUCUGGAGCUUUUUGCAGGCUGUCGUCAAAUUAAAAUAGUGGGCGCUACAGCAUUAGCUCUCAGGAGAACCC